GGCACGGCUUCCACCAUGGCGGCAGGAAGCGGUACGAUAUCCAUCAUGGCGGCGGCCUUGGAGAGCGCCCUGCAGGCGGCCGGGCCCGGGCUCUGUCCUGAGGCGGAGGCGGUGGACGCCGUGCGGGCGGCCCUGGCUGCGGCGGGGGAUCCAGCGGCACUCGGCGAGCGAGAGCGGGCGCGCCUCGAAGCCUUCUUGCGCAACCUGGCAGCGGGGCCGGAGGAGCCGGCCGGCCCGUGGCGGAGCCUCUUCCUGGAGGGCCCGCCCGAUCUCGCCUUCAGCGCGCUGACCGACAGCCUGGCGGCCCCGCGCUCCGACUGGCGGCUGGCCGCGGUGCCCGAGGUGCUGGAGCGGUUCCUGCGGCAGGGCCGCCUGUCCGCGCUCAUCUGGGAGCAGUGCCAGCAGCAUUCCCGACCCGGCUCGGCCGAGCGGCAGGACGCGCUGCUGGGCAGGAUCGUGUGUCUGCCCGACCUCGUCGGCAACAGCCUCCUGGGCCAGAGCCCCGCCGUGUUCUUCCCGCAGCAUUACUUCCCUCUGCUGGGUGGCGCGAUUCUCCAGGUGCUGCACAACGUCUCCGCUUCGCUCAGAGGUGGCUUGGAUUGCUCAGUCUCUUUCGUUUCACAUAUCCUGGGAAAGGUCUGUGUUCAUGGGAGACAAAAGGAAAUUCUGAGCGUUUUGAUGCCCCACCUCACGGAUCUCACCAAGUCUGACUGCAUCUGGCAAAGAAUUUGCUGGCGGUUGGUUGAACGUGUGCCAGACCGCUGGAUGGAGGCAGUGGUCCUUGGUUUUGUUCAGAGAGCGCCGGGGGCAGAUGUCUUGUCUAGAUUGCUGGGGAAUCUGGUUGUGAAAAAUAAGAAAGCUCAGUUUGUCGUGACACAGAAGAUGCUGCUGUUGCAGUAUGGCUGCACGACUGCAGUGCUGCAGAAUCUUCUUGGCUAUCUGUCCCUGGAGAGCCUUCGUCGUGCCUUACUGAUCAAGGUGCUGCGAGAGCUGUUGGAGACCUGGGGCAGCAGCAGUGCAGUGAAACACUCUCCAGUGGAGCAGCAGCAGUAUAUUAGUAAGGCCAUUCUUAUCUGCCUUUCUCACCUGAAGGAACCCGAAAUAGAGAGCUGCAGGCAAGAACUUCUCACGAGCAUGAUGGAGGGCGUGAAGUGCCACCUGGACAGCAGCCUGCCUCAGAUACGGCGCCUGGGGAUGAUAGUGGCCGAGAGCAUCAGUUCAAAGAUUAACACGGAUGGGCCCAUCCUGCAGUUUCAGUAUGAAGAAGAUGAUGAAGCAAGAGAGCUGAAGUCCCUUCUGGUACAAGCUGCACCACUCAGUGUCCUCCCAGGUCUUCCAGACAAUAACAGGAAUGAGAAUGCAGAUGCUGCACUGCCACCAGUAUUGGAAAGUAAUGGGAAAUCACCUACAGCAACGACUCAUGUGAUGCCAGAAGAGGAGUCAGAUGCUGAGCUUGACAGUGAUGAUGACCUGACACCUUACGACAUGUCAGAGGAUAAAGAACUGAAGAAGACUAAGGCUCCAGUGUAUAUUCGAGACUGUAUUGAAGUCCUGACAGGUUCUGAAGAUCUGGACAAGUGGGAAGAAGCUGUCAAGGCUCUUGAGAGCUUGGUUCGGAAGAAUCCAGCGGCAGCAAGAGAGGUUAGCGUGGAGCUGGCAAAAAUACUGUUGCAUCUGGAGGAGAAGACCUGCCUGGAAGGCUUUGCAGAGCUCCGUCAGAAGGCACAAGUAGCUGUUUUAACCACUGAUCCAAUACCUGUAGCACAGUACUUGACCUCCCAGUUCUACUCUCUGAACUACAGCCUUCGUCAGCGCAUGGAUAUUCUCGAUGUGCUGGUUUUAGCAGCUCAGGAACUGUCCUGUGCCAAAGGCCAUGGGAAGACCAAACAUUCUGGUGCCCAAAACCCUCGUAUCCAGCUCCUUCCCGAGAGUGGCAGCUCCAAGGACUGGAGAAGAAUUGUUGAUGAGAGAAUCAAAAGCAAGACGAGGAGGUUUGCUAAGGGGCAGUCUCAAGUGGAACAGCCAUCUCAUCCAAAUGAGUUCAAUUCUCUUGCUGGACACUUCUUUUUUCCGUUGAUCCAGAACUUUGACAGACCUUUGUCAACGUUUGAUCUCCUGGGAGAAGAUCACUUUGUCCUUGGAAGGCUGGUCCACACUUUAGCAGUCCUGAUGUACCUGGCUGUCAACACCAUGGCAGUUACUGCGAUGGGAAAGGCACUGCUGGAGUUUGUUUGGGCUCUGCGUUUCCACACUGACUCGUACGUGCGCCAGGGGCUGCUGUCCUGUGUCUCCUCCAUACUCCUCAGUGUCCCUGCAGAGCAUCUUCUGCACGAUGUGACAGAGGAACUUCUGGAGGCUCGGUCCUGGCUGGAAGAUGUGGUAGAGAAAGAUCCGGAUGGGGACUGCAGGAGGUUGGCCUUGCAGAACUUGCUACUAAUGGAGAACCUGAAGAAGAAACUGGAAACUGCCCCGUCCUAGCUGAAGGGAAGGGAGAUUCAGAUGAGGCUCUUACUGCACAGCUAACAACCUAAACACCUUGAAGAAUGACAGAAGCUGGGUGUACCUGAGCACACACAUCGUAAAAUCCUGCCAGCAGAUCCAGGGCCCUCCCUUUGGUGUAGAAGCUGAUGAUGUUCUUCAUAAUCUCCGGGUCCUUACGCCAAUCCAGUGACUGCAAAUAGUUGGCUGCCAUGAUGUAAAUCUCUCUCUGUCUAGAGACUCCCGCAAAGAAGACAAUUUUCUCUGUGUCUCCAGAUCUCAGCAGUGCCUUCAUAGCCUAACAAUGGAUGGGGGUGGGAGGGCAGAGAGAGCAAAUAGAAUACAAAAAUCAAAUACAAAAAUCAAACAAUGCUAAAAUGAUUGGGAAGCCUCCUCUGGACAGCCUACUGACUGUUCCAAGAUCUACCUCUCAAAUCACUCUUGUAAAACUGUAUAAAGGUGAGAGGCUCAGCCUCCUCAGCUGUUUUUUCUA